AUGGAGAAAAGCAACCUGUCCGAGGCCGAGACUGGCCAGCAAAUUCCCUCGCCUGCGUCAUUUGCGCACGUGGACGAGAAAAAGGUGCUGCGCAAGAUGGACGUUCGCUUGAUCCCCAUGCUGGCCCUGCUCUACCUCCUCAGCUUUCUCGACCGCGGUAACAUUGGCAAUGCCAAGAUCGAGGGCUUACAGGAGGAUUUGAACAUGACGAGUGACCAGUAUAACUGGUGCUUGACCGUCUUCUUCUUCACAUAUGCCGCGUUCGAGGUGCCGAGCAACCUGUUGCUGAAGAAGCUGCGCCCGAGCCGCUGGCUGCCGGCCAUCAUGGUGGCCUGGGGCCUCGUCAUGACGCUCAUGGGUAUCGUGCAGAACUACCAUGGUCUGCUGAUUGCGCGCAUCUUCCUGGGACUGACGGAGGCCGGUCUGUUCCCGGGUGUUGCGUACUACCUGACCAUGUGGUACUGUCGACACGAGAUCCAACUGCGCCAGGCCCUCUUCUUCUCGGCCGCGUCCGUUGCCGGUGCCUUCAGUGGUCUCCUGGCCUAUGCCAUUGCCAAGAUGGACGGCGUCGGUGGGCUCGAGGGUUGGCGGUGGAUCUUCAUCCUCGAAGGUAUAGUCACCGUCCUCGUCGCCGUCGGCGCCUUCUUCCUGCUGCAUGACUUCCCCGAAACAGCCGACUUCCUCACGGAAGAGGAGCGCAAGUUCGUCGUGCACAGGCUCAAGUACCAGGGCCAGGACCGCAAUGCCGAUCAGGUCGCGCAAGCCGAGGAGUUCAAGUGGGCGUACGUCUGGCAGGCCUUUCAGGACUGGCAGAUCUGGGUCAACAUCUUUGUCUACUGGGGCAUCGUCUGCCCUCUGUACGGCAUCAGUCUGUUCCUGCCCACCAUCAUCCGCAACCUCGGCUACACGUCGAGCACGGCGCAGCUCCUCACGGUGCCCAUCUACAUCACAGCAGCCAUCUUCGCCGUCGUCGCCGCAUGGCUCUCAGACCGUGUCGGCAAGCGCAGCCCUUUUAUCAUCACCUUUCUCAUCAUCAUGGUCGUCGGGUUCACAAUGUGCAUCUCCACCUCGACUCCAGGCGUGGUGUAUGCCGGCGUGUUUAUCGCGACAUGCGCCAUCUACCCCGCGUUCCCUGGGAUUAUCGCCUGGCUAUCCAACAACUUGGCCGGCAGCUACAAGCGUAGCGUUGGUAUGGCGAUCCAAAUUGGCAUUGGCAACCUUGGUGGCGCCAUGGCUUCCAACUUUUAUCGACAGAAAGACGGUCCGCGGUACAUUCUGGGCCAUGCUCUCGAGUUGGGCUUCAUCGUAUUGGGCAUCAUCGCGGCCUUCAUUCUUGUCGUCAGCUACUCGCGCAUCAACAAGAGCAGGGAGCGCAAGCUGGCGAGCGGCGCGAUGGAGCAUUCGCCAGAGCAGCUGUCUACCAUGGAGACCCCUCCCGACGUCCGCAUGGACUAUCGAGUGGGACGCGGCGAGCAGGGUGUUCUGUCCUUUGAGCCGUACAAGAGCCACAUCUUGCCUCUCUGGCGAUUCAGGACUGUCCCAAUCGCGAGGAAGAGCUCAGAAGAUCUGUGGCAGAAAUUCAUCCAAUUCGAUGAGCAGGGUGACUUUGUGGGGAUGGACAUGACGCGGAAAUUCAUCCAAAUGGGCUUUACUCGAGCCAAGAGGUACGCUAAUCACGCAGGAGGGCGCAAGUACGACAGGACGUCCGGAAAGGAGAUUCCCAAAAGCGGAUCCCACAAGGGCAAGGAGGAGAAGUUGGCCGCCAGUGCGAUCUUCCGAGAGGUGUGGGAGAGAUGCAAGCAGCACGAAGGAUACCAGCAGAAGAAGGCGGCUUUCCUGAAGGAACAGAAGGAGUGGAGGAAAGACAAUGCGCAGACGUAG